UUGGAGCUGCAGUGCAAUACGGGUGAAGGGGUUCGCCCUCGUCUCUCUCCCUCUCUCUUCACUCUGUCUCUCUUUCUCUAUCUAUCUCUCUCCGCCAGGUGACUGUCAUCAGUCUCCGUCGACGAAACAUGUCUCUCAUCGCCGACUGCUUUCGCCGUCUGACGGACAUCUCGUCCUGCAAAAGCGAGCUCAAAGGCUACAAAGUGACGGAUGUGAGUCGUACGCGAAAAAUCGGCAUUGCCUGCCGGAGUUUCCAGGACUUGAAACAGAAAGCGUGUUCAAAGUUAAAUGUAACUAACGACCCGGCGGAAGUGAAUGUCUUUCUUUUAGACGGAUCACUGAUCGACGAAGAAUACUUUCAUACGCUGGAACCGCAGACUACUUUGAUCUUGCAGAUGCCCGGGGAAAAAGUAUUAUCCGACGCGGACAUUCUCUACGAUGCACUGAGACGCGUCAACAUCGAUUUCCUCACCGCCGGCGACAGGGUGACGCAAUUUCUGACGGAGAAUCUUAAGGCAAAAGUCGCCUUGCUGAACAGAGUGUUGAACAAGAACGAUUCUAUGACAGCGCUUAGCACUAAGGAGGAGCAUCCGGAUUGGUUUGAAAAUUUGGAAACCAAUUGCAUGUCGAAGGAGGCAUACAUGCACCGCAGAUGUCAGGACAGGAUACGCACUUAUCUUUACAAGACGAUCGAGCAGAUUAAGUGCUCGGACGUGUUCGUGAACGAUUACAGGGCGCGGCAGCAGCUUCUGCGCACGAUAACGUUCUUCAAACUUCAGCUCAAGCAGGAUCACUACUUCGGCUAUUAUUUUGACAGGAGCAAAGCGGAGACCGAUUCCAAAAGCGACAGUGACGAGACCGAUUACGGCCGAUGUUACGAGCACUGUCCCUGCAAUUUCGGCCGCAUUAGCGACGAGACGUAUUUCCGCCAACGGUAUCUCCGUUUGCCGCAGUCGUCGGACACGACCGUCGAUUCGGACAAGAUCGACGAGACGGACGCGAGGAAGUGCCGCGAGUCCGAGAAGAGCGCGAAAACGACGGCGAACGACGAGAAAGCGGAGAGCUGCCCUUAUCACGUGAUAAUGCGAAAGAAGCAAAUCGCUAUUUGCGACAAGAGGGGCGAGUUCAAAUGCGAGGGAAGGUGGAACACCGACGGCUGCCCCUACGGCGACAGGCACAAGAUCAAUCCGUACAGAUCCAAGGAGGAGCUCGCCUUAUUCUCCACAUGGAAUUUGGAUCACAAAAUCGAAAGGUCCAGGACGCUCAUUCCGACGCUGCUGCAGCUCUCGCGACAGGAGACGAUCAAUGAACAGGACAUCUACGACUGUUACGACAAUCUGUUUACCGUGAAGAAUUUAAGACUGGUCCAUGUCGUGUGCCACGAUAAAGGCUCGCAUAAAUAAGCGCUAGUUCUGGGAGGGAGGGUUAUAGAUUCGGCACGCAUACAUUACGCUUCUGAAAAGUAUUUGAUCGUAUACGUGAGUGCCAAAAAGUAAUCGCACACGUGAAUGAGAUGAUGCAUCCGGAUACGUAAUACGUAUGUAGGGUACGCGUGAUCUCCUUAAGACACAGAUCUCUACAAAAAUAAGUAUAUUUAAUACGUUUAAGCGCUGUUGAUAGAAUAUAGAUUUAGCGAUUAUUAAUGUUACACUAUCGGGCGUGUUUCCAUUGCGGCAUGAAGUAACGAGCAAUAACAUUAAUAAUAAAAAUGUCCGUUCCGAAGUUCGAAACACCUGAAUUUACAUCGAUUCUGUUUGCGAUGGAUAGAAAAUUCAGUUUUAAAUAAUAACUGACCUGUUAACGGCAUACGGAGUUUGAUUCCGAUGAUUAUUUUACAAUACGAGACGUUGACUAGAACAAAGUCGAAUAAUAUAAAAAUUAUUGUAAGUAUUGUAAUUAUGCGCACCUUAAAUAUUAUUUAAUGGACGUCAAUUUUUCGAUAAAAGAUUUCAAAAUAUAUAAUUAUAAAGGAAAAGAGUUUCGCAUAUUCCGCAUAUACACAUGACUGUAUAAAUAAAAAUAACGGUGGGGAUUUAUACAGAUACUCUUAUAUCUUAAUUAUACAAUUAUCUUAAUUAUCGCAAAUUCUCACGAAAUGACUGUGGCUAUGAAUUCCAAGAUGAUUUCCUUCGUCACUCUGUUUCUGUCGGUACAAUUACGUAACGAUUGUUUUGUUCAAGGAAACCAUUUCUAAAAAUCAAUUACGAAUACAGGGUUGUAUAAGUCGCACGCAAUGGAAGAACCGUAAUUUAUUCCAGCGGCUAUACAGAUUAUCAAAGAGAAAAGUUGUUGUUUCAGAUAUGUCGUUAAGCAUUGAGUAUGUUCAGUGCUUGUAGGUAAAAAUCUACUAACGAGGGGACAGCUCUCCGUCAGAAUCAUGUUAGAUCGGAAACGAGCCGGCACCUCCGUCAGAAUUAUCUCGGAUCAACUUAUGUUAAUUCCUGACCUGAUUUGACUCUGAUGAAGAACCGAAGCUCGACUUGCGCGACUUUGCGAACUGUGAAGUAGAUUAUCUUUCAGACAUAUUUUUAUUCUGACUGCUCGAUAAGAGACAAAACAAAGUUCUGAUAUAUACAUAUAUAAAUAUAUAUUAUAUUUAGAGAAA